AUGCAGAAGGGAUUGACCAACAUUGAAAUUGAGACUGACUCACAGACAGCUAUGAAGUUGAUUCGAGAUGGAUCUGCAGCAAACUCUCCCUAUCGAGCACUCAUUGAGGAUGCUAAUUUCCUUCUACGAUGCUGCCAAUGCACACUUAAAGCCAUCCCUAAAGAAGUUAAUCAGAGUGCUGAUGCUCUGGCUAACUUAUUAGGUAGUAACUGUAAUUGCAUUAUGGAAGUUCUAUUUGAGUUUUGUGACAUGUCUGGUCAAAAAAUUAAUUUUCAUAAAUCCAAAAUGUACAUUUCCCCCAACAUCCCUAGAAGAGAAGCUCUCCCUCUCAGCAAUAUGUGUGGCAUCUCCAUCACUACUGACCUAGGGAAAUACCUGGGUACUCCUCUCCUUCACACUAGAGUUAGCAAAACUCAUUUACAAGAUAUUCUUGACAGAAUGGCCAAAAAACUAUCUGGUUGGAAAGCCAAAAAUUUAUCUCUUGCAGACAGAGCUACCCUAGUCAAGGCUGUCACUUCUUCCAUGCCUAAUCAUCUAAUGCAAACCAUGGAAAUUCCAAGAAGGGUAUGUGACCAAAUUGAUAAACUAAAUAGAAAUUUUCUCUGGGAUAAUACAGAGGAUAGGAAGAAAGUUCAUCUUGUUAACUGGCAGCAGGUUUGUAAAUCUAAGAGGAAUGGGGGCCUUGGUAUAAGACAAGCUAGAGUCCAGAAUUUAGCUCUCAUAUCUAAGCUGGGAUGGAAAUUGACUAUUAACUCUGAUGAGCUUUGGUGCAAAAUUCUAAAAGCCAAAUAUCUCAAGCACCAUCAGUCUCUAACUAGCCCACCCAAAGAAGAGCAUCACACACUUGGAAAAGCAUUAUCAGGAAUGAGGAGGUCCAGAGUAAGAAUAUAA